GAAGAAAUGUCUCGACCCGAAACGUCACCUAUUCCUUCGGUCCAUAGAUGCUGCCUCACCCGCUGAGUUUCUCCAGCAUUUUUGUCUACCUUCGAUUUUUCCAGCAUCUGCAGUUCUUUCUUAAACACACGGACUAUCUUUGAUCGGACUUUGCUGGCUUUGUCUUGCGCUAAAUGUUAUUCCCUUAUCGUGUAUCUACACACUAUAAAUGGCACGAUUGUAAUCAUGUAUUGUCUUUCCGCUGACUGGUUAGCAUGCAACAAAAGCUUUUCACUGUACCUCGGUACACGUGACAAUAAAAUGAACUAAAUGCAACUAAAAUAAUCAAUUUUACCUCUUCUUGGUCUCAUAUGGGCAUCUCUUUAUUUUGCAGUAGUUCUCCCACAGUUGAAACGACCCUCUCCCAUUCACCAGUUCAAGACCUACUCUUCAAUUAAGAUCCAUCUUGCUCUUCUAAACCCAAGUGGAUACAAGCCUUACCUGUCCGAUCUUUCCUCAAAAAAACAAACAAUCUCUUGCCUUUGUCUGUCCAACUUCCAAUCUAUCACCUCUCACUUGCAUCAAACCUAUCACUUGCCAGACUUUGUCACCUCUUUUUUCCCCACCCGCUACUGUAAUCAGUCUGAGGAUUUUCCUGCCUUUUCCUCAUCAACCCCGACACCCAUAUUAGUCAAGAAUCUAAAAUAUUCAUUGACUUGGCCUCCACUUCACUCUUCACUGCCUCCUAGGCUCAAGUGUCAUUGGGGAUUGAUGAUAAAUGCUGGCAUUGCCAGCGAUGCCCUCAUCCUGUGAAGAAGUAACCAACAACAUAGAAUCGAGAGUCAAGUCAAGAGUGUUUAAUUGUCAUAAGUACCGUAAGCAGAACAAUGAAAUCCAUUCUUGCAACAGCAUAACGGGUCGAUAAACACAGUACUCAAAGGUAACAUAAUAGAUGGAAAAAAUGUUUAAUAAGCACAAAUGGACAUGAUCUCACUCUGUGUGCAUAUCCAGGGCGACCUGGUUGGUGUGUGGCUGCCUUUUGUUCCAAUGUUACUGGGAAUUAGGUGCACAUAAAAGAUGCCCUUUGUGUUAACACUAUUCAACACGCACUGGGCAUUUGCAUAAUGAGACUCUCCAUGUGCAGUGAGUUAAAGAGUAACUUGUGUAUAUACAGCAUCAAUCACUUAAUAUACCAAGGUGCUCACAAGAGCAAAUUGAACAAUUUGCCAUCUUACCACAUCAUUUGGGCACAUGUCCAAAAUCUUGAUCAAACGUGCCAGCCUUACGGGGUGCUGUAAAGGGAAAAGGAGGUUAGAAUCUGAAGAAGUGUCUCGACCCGAACCCUCUCCCUUUCCUUCUCUCCAGAGAUACUGCUUAUCCCGCUGAGUUGCUCCAGCAUUUCUUGUCUAUCUAUAGGAGAGGCAGGGGCCUGGGCUAAUGAGGCAACAGCUACCAGUGACUUGUAGGAAGGAACUGAGGAUGUUGGUUUAUUCCGAAGAUGGACACAAAGGGCUGGAGUAGCUCGGUGGGUCGGGGAGCAUCUCCGGAGAUAAAGGAUAGGUGACACCCUCUGAAGAAAGUUCCCGACCCAUAACGCCACCAAUCCUUGUCCUCCAGAGAUGCUGCCUGACCCGCUGAGUUACUCCAGCACGUUGUGUCCAUUUUCGGAAUGUAUGGAGAGAAGGCAGGUACAGGAUACUGAGUUGGAUGAUCAGCCAUGAUCAUAUUGAAUGGUGGUGCAGGCUCGAAGGGCCGAAUGGCCUACUCCUGCACGUAAUUUCUAUGUUUCUAUCUGCAGUUCCUUGUUUCUAUAAUAUGUGGUGCCUUGGUUUGGAUAAGUGGCCCCAAACUCAUCUUGUGGUCAGCUCCAUAUACAGUCACUUCAGCUUCAAAAUGUUGCCAGGGUGACAGUGAAAUUAAGCCAUUAAACUUCCCCCGAGAUAAAAACAAAUUGAAGAUACAGCACAGAAACAGGCCCUUCGGCCCAACGAGUCUGCACCAACCAGCGAUCCCCGUAUUAUCCAACACACACUGGGGACAAUUUACACUUACACCAAGCCAAUUAACCUACAAACAGUUGUACGUCUUUGGAGUGUGGGAGGAAACCAGUGCAGACAGCAGCCGUAGUUAGGAUGGAACCCGGGUCUCUGGCGCUGCAAAGCAGCAACUCUACCGCUGCGCCCCCGUGCCGCCCAUUUCUGAAACAUGCACACCCACAUCUGCAACUUUCGGUGUCAGUUUGGCUGGAGACUCGCUCUCGACAUCAUCUCCUCUGCUGAGCCUGCUGGAAGUUGUGACCUUCCACCCACUCGUAGACGUGCAUUUAUUUGCUCCGAGUUUAUUUUGGCCAGUGAACACUGCGCGGGACGGUGGGUAGCCCGGGGUCUCUCGAGGUAGAAUGGAAAGACAAAGUCACAGCCAGGUCCAUAUCCAGGUGGAGGGGACGACAGUGGAAUGAAGUUUGAGUGAUGUUGAUCACAACUCAAGCAAGGCGAGGCUGAGGUUGACAUUUUGAUAAGCCUAUGCUUGGUUUAUUUAACCUGCACCAUGGCUGCAUCUAACUCGACGGCAGCCGAGCAUAUGUAUCCAGAGAUUGAAUUGUUUGUCAAGGCUGGUGGUGAUGGUGAGAGCAUUGGGAACUGUCCUUUCUCCCAGCGGCUCUUCAUGAUCCUUUGGCUAAAAGGCGUGAUAUUUAACGUCACCACAGUUGACCUGAAAAGGAAGCCGACUGACUUGCAAAACCUGGCCCCCGGCACCAACCCUCCAUUUUUGACCUUUAACGGAGAAGUCAAAACUGAUGUUAACAAGAUAGAAGAAUUCCUGGAAGAAAAGCUGGUGCCACCAAGGUAUCCAAAGCUUUCCGCCAGGCAUCCGGAGUCUAAUUCUGCGGGAGUCGAUGUUUUUUCCAAAUUCUCAGCGUACAUUAAGAACACCAGCAAAGACACAAAUGACAGCUUGGAAAAGGCCUUGCUGAAAGCGCUGAAAAAAUUGGAUGAUUAUUUGAACACGCCUUUACCUGAAGAGAUCGCCACGAAUAGCACAGAGCAAGAAUCUUGUUCAAUGAGAAAAUACCUUGAUGGUGAUGCCCUGACUCUGGCAGACUGCAAUCUCCUGCCAAAGCUGCACAUUCUCAAGAUUGUGGCAAUGAAAUAUCGCAAUUUUGAGAUCCCCAAGGAAAUGACUGGGAUUUGGAGAUACCUAAGAAAUGCUUACGAGAGGGAAGAAUUUGUAAAUACGUGCCCUGCGAAUCGUGAGAUUCAGAUCGCGUACCUGGAUGUGGCAAAGAGAAUGCAAUAAACUCAUUUAUAAAGCUUGGACUGUAA